GGAUCCAAGAAAGAGCGUCGAAAAUGGCGGAAUCUUUGAGACGUCUUGUGAAUAUCGGUACAUUCACUGUGCUCCAAGAGAAACUAGAGAGGUGGCUGGACAACUACUACAUAAAUACCUGUGACCAAAAUGUAGCCAGGUGUUGUGAAAUCAUAGAACUCAAUGCCAAAGUUCAAGGACAGCUGUUCAAACUCCUCCAGGUCACAGCAGAGUCAGGUGGCAUGUAUGGAGGAGCCAGCAUCAUCAAAUCCCGUCUCUUGCCAUUCCUGGGACAGAACUUUUUUACCUCAGGGGGAUCUGUCACUGCCGAUACAAGCCUCAGUGUCCUCGCAGAGGCUGCUGCUAAGAACAAGGAAAUCGACGACUUACAGGACAUGUACGAGACCUCACUCAAUGAACUGGAUGUAGACCUCAAAGAGAAGGAUGCUGAGAUUCAGGAACUUAAAGAGGAAGUUUAUGACACAAAGAAUGAAUUAGACCGCAGCAUGCGUACAUUGAAUAGUGACAAGAUAUUCCUGGAGAAUGAGAAUCGAGAACUUCGCAGAAAAUUAGCGUUAGCAGAAGAUGAAGUGCGCACCUUACGAUCAAAAGCAGGAAUGCUGACCGAUUACGAGACCCAGAUUCGUCAUCUCCGUGACGAUAUUGCCCUACUGACCGCUCGCAGAGACUCUCUAUAUCGGUCAACUUCCAGCAUUGCUAAGGAUGACAGUAUUUUGUCCUCCACAUUACGGGAGGAAAAAAAACCUGGGCUAGCUGAUGCUCAGGAUGAAAUUGUCAAACUUCGUUCUAAGGCAGGCCUGGUAGAUGAUUAUGAGCGACAAGUCAGAAACCUCAAGGAUGAGCUGUCUCUGGCUUCUACCAAAAAGAGUUACCUGGACAGUGAUGUAUACAGCUCCCUGAGUUCCUACCGCUACACUCCCCGUGUGGGCUCCCCUCUCUCUAUAGAUGACCCUGUACAGCGCGUCAGGCAGCAGAAUUACAUCUCCCGCUGGAAUGACAUGUUUUCUCAGGAUCGCCUGGAUGCUAUGGAUACACUUCGUAGAUACUCAGAUGAUUAUGAAAACAAUCAGAGAAUCCUCUUCCUGGCCAUUCAGGAAGCCUUCAGUGUAGCUAAGCUGGCAUUCCGUCAGUUUAAGAUGAAGGUCAGAGCUAAUUUGGCAGCAACACACAUUGGUCCUGAGACACUGGAGGAAGCCGUUCAGGAUUAUGUCAACCGUAACACUGACCUGUGUGACCUCACUGGAAUGGUCGCGGAUGUGAUCCGUGCUCUAAACCGCAGCCCGAAGGUCUUCCUUCCUCCCGACGCAACCUUCUCCAUCAUCCAGCCGUUUAUCCGCGAGGCCUGCAAACUCGCAUGGAACAUGAGUGCUCUUGCUCAUCCUCUGGACAUUGCUGUUGCAACAGAUGCUGAGCUCUUUGACAACAACAAAUACCGCCGCAGCUAUGAUUCUGAAUACACAGCACCGCUUGUGAACCACCAUAUCUGGCCAGCUUUAAUGCAGGGAGCCAAAGUCUUGAUGAAGGGAGAGGCUUGUACCCGAAGGGGAGCUUCCCUGGGAGCCUCACGCAGAAGCAGAAGUCCUACCAGGUCUACCAGCCCCUCCCCCCGUGCCCGCUCUAGAUCCCGUUCUUUGAGUCCUUCUCGUCGACUCCGCAGCCGAUCUGUCAGCCCCAGUAGAAGUCGGAGCCCAUUUAGCUCUGGUGCUUGGUAGCGGGCACACUGUUGGUACAUCUAUACUUGAUGGUGUACAUUGACGCUUUUACGGUACACCUGUACUGGAGAGUGUACAAGGACAUAUUUAGGUGUUAUUUUCUAAAUUUACUAGUUAGACUCACUUCAUUUUUACAUGUCUUAGUACAUUAUUUUUGGAUCAUGCUUUAUCAAGUUAAGAAAAAAAUUAAAGUGUAUUUACAAAAGAUUCAUUUCCUUUUUCAAAAAAAAGAAAAAUUUGAAUCUGUGAAUAUUGUUAAGUUUGUUUUACUGAUUUUGUGUGACUAUUAACCCUAGGUAUGAUACUGUUGUCGAUACAUUUCUGUUUCAGUUGUUGAAGGUUAUGGUUGUGAGGUUUAUGUUCCAUUUACCUACUCUGAAUCUUGCCCAUCUUUGUCACUGCUGGGCAUUCUUUUGUUAAUUAUCACUGAAUCUUGCCCAUCUUUGUCACUGCUGGGCAUUCUUUUGUUAAUUAUCACUGAAUCUUGCCCAUCUUUGACACUGCUGGGCAUUCUUUUGUUAAUUAUCACUGAAUCAUGCCCAUCUUUGUCACUGCUGGGCAUUCUUUUGUUAAUUAUCACUGAAUCUUGCCCAUCUUUGUCACUGCUGGGCAUUCUUUUGUUAAUUAUCACUGAAUCUUGCCCAUCUUUGUCACUGCUGGGCAUUCUUUUGUUAAUUAUCACUGAAUCUUGCCCAUCUUUGUCACUGCUGGGCAUUCUUUUGUUAAUUAUCACUGAAUCUUGCCCAUCUUUGUCACUGCUGGGCAUUCUUUUGUUAAUUAUCACUGAAUCUUGCCCAUCUUUGUCACUGCUGGGCAUUCUUUUGUUAAUUAUCACUGAAUCUUGCCCAUCUUUGUCACUGCUGGGCAUUCUUUUGUUAAUUAUCAGGGUUAUUAGAGCAGAAAAUACAAAAGGAUUUUUUUUUUGUAUAGGUUUUUUUUUUUGGUUUGUUUUUUGUUGUUUUUUUUUAUUUAUAAUUUUUAAUCUUUUUUUUAUUUUAUUGGGUAAAUAAUAAAUCCUAGUGAAUUUGAUUCAUUUUGCUGCUUUCAUCUCUGUGUUAAGUUAUGUAAAAUAUUCAAAAAAUUAUAUUUUCUAAAAACUAUUUACUCCAGUGUUAUUUCUAACCUCAAAAUAGCAAUUGUAAAAUAAAUUGAGAAGUUUAAAAAAGACACAAUGUAAUGUUUUCAGUCACUGUAGCUUGUAAUCACUCGUUUUAUCUAAAAUUCUAACACAUUAACACAAAUGUUACUAUUGUAACACUCAGUGAAAAUCUACUUGUGGCCAAAUUCCAUUUCUUUGGGUGUGUUGUCGUGGGGGAUUAGUCAUUAAUUUUGUUUAUGUUUUGGUUGGUGCUUGUGAAACUUUCAAUCUCCACUGUGAUAAAGACUGAACUACCUUCAGUUCAUAUUUUCCGUCCAUCUUUUCAUAUUUUUGCUAUAUAUAUCUUAUCAUUGCUUCAAACCAGGAGAGUAUAUUGUUGUAGAGUCACUGUUUAGAAGUUUUUUUUGUAAGUUGUGUACAUAUAUAACAGUACCAGUAUUUAUGAUGUGAUGUGUGCUUGUUUUUAACUCUAUUAUACUCUUUUAAAGAUUUUCAAUUUUCUUUAUUUUUAUCCCAAGUUAUUAACUUUUUUUACAAUCACUACAUGGAGUUAAGGCCAGGCACACCUUCUUUGGAAGUCUGAUUUGAACGUUGACAAUAAAGAUAUUGGUUUGAAGUCAACAAAUUCUUAAUAUUAAUUUAUUAAAGGUGAUUUAUAUGUUUAUUUGUAUUUAUAUAGUAAAUUAAGUGUAGUCUAUAUAUAUUAAAUUUUGUGGAAUUGCUA